AGUUCAUUGUGAGCAUUCACCGCUAAAUUUGUUGCUCGAGAAAAGAAACAUGCCGGGUAGUAGCGUGAAGAAGCAAAGCGCUGGCAGCAAUUCCGCACAGAAAAAUACCAGCAAUAGCUCAAUACGAAACAUUUCAUCAGGUUCAUCGGGGAGCAGCAGGGCGCGAAAAAGAAAACGAUGUGUAGUUAAAAGAGUGAGUGACAGUGACUUAGAAUCUGAAUUAGAGGAGUGUAAUUUAGAAGAUGCAGUUGAUAUAGAACGAAAGCUACGUAAAGUGGCGGAAGACAAUCAUUUAAGUGACGAAGAGAUGCGAAAAUUAUUACAGAAAUUUGUUAAAAAUGAACAUAUACUUGCGCUGGUAACGCUUAAAGCCGAAGAUGAAAUAGCACGUGAACGUCAGGAGUCAGAACAACCAGCCAUUAUAAUAACCGACACACCAUCUGUUCCCAAAUUGACGCGCGCCAAGGCGCGAGAAUUAAAUAAAAUACCUGGUAUUAGUUUGCCAUCAUUAACUGAAAGUAAAGAACCGGAAAUUACCGCUCUUAUACAGGAAGAAUUAAAUUCAGAUGAAGAUGAUGAAGAGUAUGUUUUCAAAGAAGACGACUUUGUUUCUGAUGAGGAUCCAAAUACAACAGCUUCGGAUUUGGAUUCAAAUCCACGCACACCACAAACACCGCUUUCUCAAACCGAAGCUGAGGAUUCGCCGGUAAAGUUUACAUCAGAUGGCUGCUUCAAAAUACCAUUUGAGAAACCGAGAAAUACGAGUGAAGAUGUGCGUAUUGCGGCACGGACGCGCUCCAAACUUUGCCUGGAGCAGACGGCUAUUGAGGAUAUAGAAUCUGAAUUUGUGCCACCCGACGUGGAGCAAAUAGAUUUGCAAGACAUAGAUAUGACCGCGAAUGACGAGGACUGGAUGCAGUUUUUAAAUGAUUUCACGAAACCCUUAAAUUCAAGUUUCAUAACAGAUGAUGACGAUCCAGUCAAUGAUCCGGAGUACAUAGCUGCGGAAAAGAUACUAGAGGAUGCGGAGGAGUUACGCGACAUCAAUAUACCACGUAAAGAGCUUACCGAGUUGGUGGCAGAACUAUUCGAAGGUUUGGUCAAUGAAGGUGUCUCGCUUGAGAGUGUUGAAUUGGACACACCACAAAACGUUUUGUUGAACACUUCUGAGCAGGCAACUAUUGUUGAAAAUAAUAAUGUUAGCAUAUCGGCAGGAAAAAUAUUAACACCUGCUACCACACACGCACAAGACGAUGAGCGCCAUCGUGUAACAAGACAGCUCAACUUUGAACAAGAACCGUACAAUCCACUCGCACAGGAACAAAAUUACGUUGCUGAUGUGCCACCUUUAGUACCCAUCAGUAACAUAGCUAAUGUAACACAAAAUGAAUACUCAUUCCAGCCGGACGUCAUGUCCACACCAGCAGCAAUUAAUGAAAAUAAUCGUCCUACUGCUUUUAAUACACUACAAUUACAAGCGCCAGUAGCUUACCCAAACAAUGGCGAGGAAAGUGUCAAUCAAGUAAUUACACUGCCUGCAACUGGCUUAAAUGCAGAACCAGAGUGGAUAGCUGUCAAAAUACCUGGUCUAAAUAAUUCUUAUCAAUUAGCGCGUGUUGUUCCUGCAGCAAAUACGUUCGGACCACCACCACUAGUGAGAAUACAGUCACAGAAGGCGCUUGCACCAAACUCACAGCAAAAAUCUCAACCUACACCCAAAGAUCCACGCUACACUGAACCUUACGACACGAAUUUUACGUAUGAAUAUAUAUCGAUAAGGAAGCACGUAUAUACAGAAUAUAUUUCCAAAUUUGAGGAUGUCGUAAAAAUGCUUAAGAAUACAAUGCCUGCCGAGGAGCUACCAACUGAUGGAAAAGGGUUUACCAGAUUUCAGCAUGACAUACUGCAACAGCAAUUACGCUUGCACGUACAAAUGUUAACACAAACAUUUGUUCAAAGUUAUUCACAUCCGAACUAUUGGAAGCUUGCACCUAAAGCAAAAGAUAUGCUAAUGGAAUUGGAACAAAAAGCGGAAGACGAUGCUUCGUUCCGAGCGUGGAACCUACGGCCGGCAAUGAAGCUUAUAAGACAAUGGGAGGAGGAUUUAUCAGAAGAUACACCUCAAAAUAAAGAGAUGAUGAAGUUUAUAAACAGCGAAGUACAUAGCACCAGAAGCAAUUGCCGCCAAGUUCCCCGUUUUCCUCCACGCAUUAUGGAAUUGAUGUUGAAUAGCAAAGUAUUCAUGUAUCCACAAUACUUACCUCGCAUACCUUUUAGAUCUCGACCACGCAGGUAUGAAUGUUUUGCACCGGCUGAGAUGCAACUUAUUGCCAUGGGCCUGGAGCGACAUAUAAAUAAGAUACGUGAAACGGGUGAACGCUUAUCAAACAAAACUAAUGAAGUAAGAGCAGCUGUGCGGCGUUUAAUUACAGACACUGUAUACGGAAAAUCCAUUCGCCGUGUAUGGGGUCAAGUCAGAAAUUUACGCCAUGCUAACUUUUAUAAUCCCGUGAAGUUUUACUUUGAACAUAAGCGUGCACCGCCAAUAGAACACAAGCUUAUUACAUUUGAAAAUAGCAAAGUAUUACCCCCAAAGGACCGUUACGAAGAUUUGCCAUUGGCCUGGCAAACAUACAUAGAUGAGAAACGCUCAGCAAGAAGAAAACGUGGUGUGAGGGCAUCUGAAACAGCUGGUGCAUCAUAUCUGCAAUUCGUUCGUGAGGCUUUAGGAGAAGACAUACAACUACCAGAUAGUGCAGCUGAAGCUGCAACGCCUAACGACAGUGGUGCGGAUAAUUCGCGAUCAUAUACGCAAUCUGGAAAUACUACGUUCUUUAACAGAAGCCAUUCAAAAAGAAGUUUUGCAAAUAGUGUAACAAUAAAUGUAAAUUAUUAUUUUGGGGCAACACCAACACACGGCGAGACCCAAGCCAACGCUAAUGCAACACUUGCAUUACCGGCUCCCGAAACUAUCAAUGGGGAACCUGUGAAUGCUUCGGAAUUAGCUUGCACGCCGCUAUCAAACUCGUCUCCACAAGGGGAGACAAGUAUUGUAUCAUUCAAUUAUGACUGGAAUUCAAAAACUCUGCGACCGAUUAUUGAGCCGAAGCUGAAAAGAUCCUCCCCGAAUUUAAAAACUAUAAAGACGAAACGUGAGAAGAAAGUAACAACGAGACCGUGCAAACUAGUGCAAUACAAACGUAUUCGCAAUUUGAGAGGUGCACGCCGUACACUAGCAUUAAGUAAGAUAAACAAGAGACUGUGGAGGAAGCGUUUUACUAUUAUAUUAAAAUCUUACCGCUUAUAUUUGACACGGAAAGAACGACGUUUUAAACGUUCAAUACUUGUGCGUAAUGUCUAUAGAUAUUUUAAGGCUUUAGAAUUGUAUACAAAUUUAUUAAGAGAUCUCAAAAUGGCUUGUCGUAACGCGAUAGCUGCUAAUUUAGCUAGCGUUCCAGCUGAUAACACGGAACAGCUGACAUCUAAUACAGCCGGUACCACUACAACAUCACAGCAUUCGCCAACAGCAAAGUUUUUUAUACACGGUUCGACACAAUAUGGUAAACGUACACGUACUCAACUGGCGCAACAGCAAGCGCUAGACGAGGAUUCGUUUGUUGGUUCGCGCAGUAAAAAAGCCAGUCGGCAGGAGGAAAAUUUUAAGCAUAUGCUGUUACCUGACACGGCAGAAGAUGCAAAUCGCAAAGAUGCAAUUUAUGCGUUCAACUUCUAUGAAAAGGUUGAAGAAGUUUUCAAAGCAUCAAAUCGUCCAGAAGACUGCAAAAGAUUUAAUCACAUACUAAAAACCUUCGAUCCGCGUCGGGACAAAGUAUCAGAUUUAUAUAAUAAAAUGGAGCGUCUUUUUUUGCCCGAAUUUCCUGAGCUGGCGCAGGUAUUUCUAACAUUCUUAUUGCCGUCUGAGGCAGCGGAAAUUGGAAAAUUCUUCGAGUAUUUCAUGAUAAACAACAUGACCACAUUUAUAAACAAAUUGAAUAUUUACUUCAAUAAACAACCAGCGCAAAUACGUAAAAUCUAUAAUUGUCUAGCAGAAUUGGCUGAAGAGCCGGAAGUUACGAUGAAGAAAGUUGAAGCGAAGAUUUUGCCAUUAUUAAAAGGCAAUCAGUUUCUCAUUGAAUGGUUCUUGCAACAAUUUCCAGAAGCUAAACCACCUGAGAGAUUACUCUCAACGGUGGAACAAGUUAAUUUGAAGGAAGCUGAAAUUAGGCCAAAUUCACACGAAACAUUAAAUGAUCCACCAGAAGCUAUAACACCAUGUUGUGAAAUGCAACAACAACAGCAACAAAAUCAAGCACAUCAGUGCCAGCUAAGGUACAUUAACGGACGCAUAUUUUAUGGCAACAAAAUAACAUUGCCAGCCAAACUGUCCUUCAUGGCAAGUAAUGCCCAAUCGGAUAAUGAUAAUGAAUGUGAUGCUGACGAAUUGUCGGAGCAAGCAAUGUCGGAAUGCGUGCAUGGUAUACGUGAGCACGGUGAGCGACGUUUAGCGGCCGUUGUAGACAAAGCUGCUGCAGCUGAUUGUAACCCCGAUGAUAAUGACAUAUCCGAAGAAGAAGAUGUUACGAAAACACUGUUGAUUGAUACAGAAAACCAUGAGGAUACUACUUCAUCUAUUGAAACCUGUGACGAUGCUGCUUUACGGGCGCAUGCUAUGCGCCUCAAUCCAGCAUUUUACGGCAAUACAUGUUUUGCAGCUGUUACUAGUACACCAAAUGCAGCCACUACUUAUGUGCCACAUCAUCCAAAUGCUAAAAAGUCCAUGUUGAAUUUUAAUGAUGAUGGCAAAGUAGUAUCUCCGCGCAAACAGCUUACACCCGGUGCAAGCGGUAAUACAGUGCCCGCUAGUGUGACGCCCACGCAGUGCCUUUCGCCGAAUAUUACAGCUGGGAAUACAAGUAAAAACCAACCAACCACAACAAUGGCCAACAUCAAUGCUCUUAAUAAUAAUGCUGGCGAUGGUGAUGAUAAUAAUGUCACAUUGCAACAACAACGUGAAAAACGUAAAUUAUCUCCAACGAAAAAAGUCAAAUCACCAUUAGCUGCAACACGUUUGCGUUCCAGCACCGGUAAUGCACAACCAAUGGUUGUGAUCUAUGAGCAUAAUGCGGCAAUCGCUUGUGCCAAGAAACUACAAUCUCUAAUAGCCGAAGAGGAUAAUGAAGGUGACAUAGACAAUAAGGAACGUAUUGCCAUAAUUGCACGAGCCAAAGAUUCAAUGCCCGAAGGUCUGCAACAAGAUGCGGACGAAAGUGUUGUAAUACAGGUGGAGGAGCGGCGUGCGCAAUCACCGCAUACGCCACCACUACUUACAGUGACCAAAGUUGAGCAUAGCGAUAAUUCCGAUGAUUUGGAGUUCAUACCGGAGGGCACAGAGGUGACGCAUUCACUUACACAUGGGUGCUUCGAAAGAAAUAUAUCCGAGUAUGCCAGUUUGGAGCAAAUCCAAAACUCAACAGUAACAACAAGAACAACAACAACGCCAGCGAUAGACGUACAGUCGAUGCCUGUAGCUACUGCCAAUGAAAACUAUACUGAAGAUUGCAAAUUGGAAGUUGUUGCUACCUUAAGCGCUGCCACUGAGGGAAGCAAUACUGCGGCAACUUGCGCCACUUCCUCGUCAAAUACUGCUAUAGCAGCAUCCAAAGAGUCCAUCGCUGCUUGGACACGUGAGGAAGAUAAACUCAUAUUGAUUGAAAUGAAGCUUAGCGCAGGCUUAGAACGCGAACAAUUGCUGGACCGAAUACAUGAUAAGUUGCCUACGCGUACUUUGACCGAAAUUAAAGGACGUUAUCAUUUUCUCAUGGAUUUUCUGUCCAAAUUACAGGGCAAAUAAAGUACAUUCAUAAAUAUAUAUGAAUGGUAAACUAACGGGUAUAUAUUCAAAUUAUUUAUUAAUUGUUUUUAGUUUUAAUUUAAUUUUAAUUCAUUCUUAAUUUUGCUGAUGCCAUGUGCAUAGUGAGUUUGUAUAUAUGGAAUAUUUCAUAACUGAAAUUGCUUUACUUGCAUUUUAUUAUUUUACACUUUGUAUGCCAUGAGUUCUUUUUCAAA